AAUGAAUUUUAUUAAAAUAUCUGAAUGAAACUUAUAAUAAAUUUCUAGUAAUAUAAUUUAAAGCAGAAAGAUACAGGAGAUUAUUUAAUUCAAAGAGAAAAAACCUAUGAAAGUUGAAAAUAAUUCUUUUGAUAACAUCAAAAGUGCCAAUCGACGCUAUAGAGUUCUUUUAUCUAUGGUUAAGACUACGGUGAACAAGAACCUAACCUCAUUAUGAGUUUCUUGAUUUUUACAAUUUAAAAAGUGUAAUAUAAUAAUCUUAGUUUCUUCUUAAAGUAUUCUUUUGCAAAUAAAGUAGGUGUGACAUUUACACUUCGCUAAUAACAAUCUUUAAAUAAAAUUAAUAGUGUUACAAAAAUGCUGCAAUUUAAUACAGCAGUUUUUACAAUAGCAACCAGGUUUACUUCUCGAUUUUUAUGGCGAUUAAAUGCAUCAUUAAGUACAAAUACAGCAACAGUAGUCUCUGAGUCUAAGACUGCUGUUAAGCCUGAUGACCAAAUAAAGGAAAUGAUAUCAAAUAUAAAGAUAAAUGAUAAACAAGACUUGACAUUUAAUGAAUUAAAAAUAAAAUUGUGUAAAAAUUUAAAUAUAAAACCAAUAAUUAGUGAAAAAUUUCAAAAAGCACAAACUAUACAAGAAAUACUAGAAGCUGUGAAAACAUCUUUUAUGUCUCAUGAUGAUAUUUUGUAUAUUCUCAAAACUAUUUCGAUUUGGGUAAAUGAUAAUAAGAAAAGUAAUUCAAGUACUGAAAUAAAUGAAAGUUCUGCACAAAAACAAACAAAGGUUAACAACACAACAUCUGAAAAUUUUCUGAAUAAUACUGAAGAUUAUAUUUCUCAGUACUAUGAUCUUUCAACGUCUGCAAUGAUCAAGAAUGUAGAUCAAUUAGCACAAGCAGGAGACAGAAACGUGAAACUUUUAAAUUAUUUCUUUACAACUAUUACUGAAUAUCAUGAAUUACUGAAUACAAAAGCAUGUUCAAAUCUAAUGUUUAAUAUGAGCAGUUUGAAUUACUCUGAUGAGAGAUUACUUAAAAAAAUUUGUAAAGAUUUCAUAAAGAGUAAAAAUAUUUCUGGUACAACUAGUGUUCAAACAGUAGUAUCUUUGUUAAAAUCUAUGGCAUUUAUCAGAUAUAAAAAUAAUGUAUUUUUAAAUCAGAUAUGUGAAGACAUUAUUAAAUCCAAAAUAAAAUAUAGCGACACACAAAUUACAAACAUUUUACAAUCAUUUGCAUCAUUAGGUUAUCAUUCUCAAUAUGUAAAUGACAUCAUAAAGGAAUAUAUCCCAAAUAUGAAGAUUGAGAAAUUUGAAUACCUUACCAAAUUAAAUCUUGUAUGGUGCUUUGCUGUAUUCAAAACAUUGCAAAACAUGCAUGCUGAAACUGUAUUAGAUGACAAAUUUAUUUCAGAAAUAUUGUUCUUUGAUGAAGAAAAAAACAAAAAAUUAUCCGCUCAGUUAAAAUUAUUAAAUAUCAAUGGAUAUGCACAAUAUGCACUCGAGGACUAUUCCGGACCUUUUCUGAAUAACAAUAUAGUACCACAUGUAGUAAACAAACGUUCAAAACAAAAAAUAGCGUAUGUUGAAGCACUGAGAGUCACAUUAAAAAAUAUGUUGCCGUCUAUGUCUUAUUGCAAUAUGGAUAUAAAUACCAACAUGGGGUUUCUAUUAGAUGCUGAAGUAUAUAUGGAUCACAACUGUAAUUUUGUUAGUGUAAACAGUACGAAUAAUAAUAGUAUAAAUUUCACUAAGAUAGCUCUAUUAUUAGUUGAUUAUUAUGACGUGUGUCUAGGAGAUACAGAUUAUCAAGGAUUGAUUAAAUUGUACAGUCAUUUAUUGGAAUGUAGAAAUUAUAAAGUAUUAAUUAUACCUUACCAACAUUUUGGUAUAGAAGAUAAAACUGAAAAGCGUAUAAGUUACUUAAGACAUCAGCUGCUCCGAAUAAUUCGGCAAAAACCGGAUAAUAAUUAAAUAUGAUUUCAUAUUGUAUGAUAUUUGAUAAAUAAAAAAAUUAUAGGAUGUGA